AUGGGCUGGGACGAGCAAGCUGAGAAGUGCUGUGAGAUCCUGGCGCAGCUGGACAAGCUGUUCCAGGAAGCAGACGAUCUUCACAGCGAGAGCGAUGCAGAGUUGUCGCAGAGGACAGAAGGUAGCGAGCCUGCGAAUCGGGUGUGGUGGGCCCAGCUGCUGCUGGAUCACACCCAUAAGUUAGGCAUCCGAAUUCCAAAGUGCGAGCUGCCUCGACGUGUUGUCUCCUGUUGCUCCGGUGGCUGCUCGGAAGCUUUUGCCCUCAAGGAGCUCGACAUUCCUUUCAUCAUCGAAUCCAGCAGUGAGCCCGAAAGGCAGUUCAGAGAAUUCCAGCUCGCUAACCAUGUAGACAUUCAACAUCAGCAUGUGUCUUUUGCGGACCAGCUAGCCGCAGCACCUUGUGCGCUGCACUCUGGCAGCUCAGAAUGCAAAGUUGAAGCCUCGCCAGACCUUCUGGUGAUCGGGGCCCCAUGUAAUCCUUUCUCAAUCCAGCGACCAGGACGAUUCACUGCAGGCAGCACGGAAGGGCAUGCUCUCAGCAAGCUGACUUUGCGUGGGGUACUGACUGCUUUGCAAAAGUUUAGCCCUCACACUGCCAUCGCGGAGACCACAGAUGGCUUCUUGAAGCCUCUGUCUGCAGAUUCCUCGGAAACGCCGUUGACACUGCACCAUGUCUGA